AUGGAGCACCAUAACCCAAAAUCCAAAGAACAACCCCAUCAAUCCAAACCCAAAAGGACCAGAACUAAGUUCACCCGUUUUCUUGGUUGUUUUGGGUUUUCCAGGAAACCAAUACCAUUUCCCGAGAAAAAACCCAUCAAAUUUGAUUUCCACCCCGAAAGAAAGAAGUUAAAGAAACAGAGAAGUUGGUUUUCUUGGCCAUGGUUUUGCAUCAAUAACUCAGGCACCAAAACUGUCCCCUUAGACUCUACCGUGCCGGACAGUAACCGAACUUCUAAUGCUUCAAAGUCAAAGCGUCAAAAACCAGUAACCAAUCCCGAGACGCCACGUCAAACACCGGCAAGAGUCAGUUCCGAUCGAGCGCCGAAAGAGAUGCCUGGAGAGCAAAAUUUAGCUGACUUUGGCGAAGGCUGCCAUUACCUGAAGCUUAAUGAUGAUGGUCGUGUUCUGUUUCAGACAUGGUAUAGGUCUUCUGAGCAAGACAUCAUCCUCGAAAAUGGGAAACCUUUAGAUCACGUGGAGACUCCAAUGGAUGGCACGUGCAAGAAACGAUUAUGCUUUUGCCGGAAAAUAGACGCUUUAAGAACCGGCACGAACCAUCCCGGUUCACCCGAAGCCAAGGCAAAGUCCCUUCGAACCGUAUCGACAACCCGAUCAACAUCAUUCCCCUCACCGGCACAUGAAAAAUCAGUACCAAACACACCGGCGAGGUCCCGGGUGAUGGUUAAGAAGCCUCAUAAAGAAAAUGAGAAGAAAUUUGACCCGUUGGUUGGAAUGUCGAUUAUUGUUGUGACCUUGAUGAUUAUGUUGCUAUGGGGUAAACUAUGUGCCAUUCUUUGUACUUCUGCUUGGUUCUACUUCGUCCCUCGAUUAAGAAGUGAAGACGACACUGUGAAAAAUGAUUUGCGUACGAGGGAAUUGAAUUAUGACUCCGAGGGAUAUAAGAAGAAAGUCAUUUUGGAGGGAUUCCUCGGACGCAAUCGUCGCUCUAUAUCAUAA